CUCAAAUACACUUUAGGCAGAAUCAUCAUAAGAGAACAUUGUAAUAAAGUGAAGAAUAUUUCUUAAUAAGUGUAUUACAGUUUUUUAAAUAAGAUUUAUUAUAAUAGAGAGAAAAGAACAAAGCAUAUAGUUUCAUAUAGUAUAGAUUGUGUUGCGGGUCAUUAGAUUAUAUUUGGAUAUUAUAUAAUUGCACAUAAAUAAAUAUGAGUAGAAUCUCCAAUAGCACUUGCUCGAAGAGGAGUCUGAUGCGAAGCAUUUCUGCUCAACAAACCAGUUGUAGUAGCGAAGAGAAUGUAUUCUGUACCGAGGAUGGUUUAGAGCAGUCCUUGCAUAUAAUAAAUGAGGAAUUUGAAUCAUUUGGUAUCUCAUCGAUACCUACAAACAAUGUUUUGCAAGUUAUAGAGCCGAUUUUGGAACCAUUUAAGAAGCUAUUGAUAAAACUAAUAAAUGCUUCUUGGAAUUUGACACGUAAAUAUAGAUCUCUAAUGCAAUCAUAUGAUAAGUUGGAUGAUUUAAAUCACAAGACUGUCAACGAUAACAUGAAUCUUAAGAAUCAUGUAAAACGACUAAAGGAAGAAGUGCAAAAGAAGGAACAAAUCAUGUGCGAAACAUAUGAAAGAGAAAGAAGACUUCAGGUUCAAUGCGACAAUUUAACUCAUGAUUUAAAACAGGCUAAAGAGGAGAUACGUAAAUUAAAGAAACAAGCUCAGUCCAAAGAUGCUCAACAUGAACACGCAAUAAAAAGGAUUAUACACAAUGGUCAAAAAGUUGAGGAGCAGUUACGAAAAUAUAUGGGUACUUAUACAUCAAAAGACAAAGUCCUACAAACGAUGCAGACAAAUCACGAGAAGGAACUAACUUCGUACAAGCAAACUAUUUGUCGCUUGGAAGAGAAUAACAGACAAAUGCUGGAAGAGAUCAACAAUUUAAAACAAACUCUCGAAUUAUAUAAGUCUAGCAUCGAUUUAAAUGCUGAAGCGUCUGGGUGGAACAAUACAGAUGAUAUUUAAAUAUUGCUAAAGCUAACAUUUGACCUUUAAUUUAUUAACUCAUUUAAAAGUUAUUGCAAUUAAAUUUCUGCUAGUUUCACAUAUUAUCUUAUGAUUACAUGUAAAAUCUUAUGAAAUUUGUUCUAAUUGAUUAUAUAUUACGUUAAAAAUAUAUCGAAAAAAUAGUA